AAAUCCUACCGAUAGCCGGUAGGAUAUGGAAAUAAAGUUCGGAAGGGACCUGGAUAAAUUUAAAUAGUAAAAUUAAUCAGGUACUUAUUUUUAUAUUUAUGACUUUGUCAUUGAUGCCUGAGAUGGCCAGUUCUGCAAGUCGUCACGUACAGGAGGCAGAUUACCAUGUUAUGGAUGAAUGAGAGGUUCACCUUAAGAUUUCAUUUCCUAUAUUUAGGUGAUCAACCCGCUUUAACGAUCGUGAAGAAGACAACGAGGCAAUGAUGGGGUGUGGGAACACGCACCGCGUGCUCGGGGUUUAAGAAACCGCGAUUGAGGAUUUUGUCGUGGACUAGCAGUCUUAGUGGAGGAACGAGAAAUCUCGCUCUACCGCGACCUUUGUGGUGGAGAGAGAGAGAGAGAGUGGAUAACCAAAGCUAUCAGGGCAAUCAGUAUGCCAAUAUAGCUGGAAAAGGAGAGGCAAGGGAAGAAGGUAGAGGAAGAUGAUGAGGAGAGGGAUAUGGGAUACAGAAGAUGAUAGCUUUUGAUAAGCGGCAGGUCGCAGCGGAGAUGGGGCUAUCCUGUACUUAAGAUAGUGCCCAUUAAAUGAGCAAGAGGAGUACCUCUAGUUGAUUGUGGUAUAUCUGAGCUGCCUUUCCGCAGUUUAGUGGAUGGUUUCCUCUCCCUUUGGCAGUGCAGGCGGUACAGUCUACUCUUCUCUUCUCCUUGCAAGGUGACUCAUACCUUACGGAAGAGCUGGCGAACCGGUGGUGGAGUGAAGCUACGGCAAUGGAAGGGGUCGACCAUCGGGUCACACCUGCGAGCUCGAACCCUCCCUUUCAUCUCUGCAACCCGAACAGCUCCGACGACCACCACAACCACCGUUUACGUAGAAGAGACCGAGAGCCCAAGAACGCCGCCACCGCCGCCAACAGCAGCGGCAGCAACCCCCAACCCUACGAAGACGACGACGGCAAUGUCAAGGUACACCAUGGAGCCACAGCGAGCGACACCACCGGCCAACGCCACCGAGGCCGGCCGCCUGGGUCCAAGAACAAGCCGAAGCCGCCUAUCAUCAUUACGAGGGAGAGCCCCAGUGCGCUCCGCUCCCACGUGCUCGAGAUCGCGAGCGGGGCGGACAUCAUGGACGCCGUGGCCACCUUCGCCCGCCGGAGGCAGCGCGGUGUCUGCAUCAUGAGCGGCACCGGGGUGGUCACCAACGUCACGCUUCGCCAGCCGGGUGCGCAGCGCGGGGUUAUCAACCUCCACGGCCGCUUCGAAAUCCUCUCUCUCUCCGGGGCGUUCUUUCCGGCGCCAUCCCCACCCGGGGCAACCGGGCUCACGCUCUACGUAGCCGGCGGCCAGGGGCAGGUGGUUGGCGGGGAUGUGGUGGGAGAAUUGGUCGCAUCAGGGACCGUGAUGGUGAUCGCAGCCACAUUUUCGAAUGCAACAUACGAGCUAUUGCCUCUGGUGGACGAAGAAGAGCCGUCCAUGGCGGCGGGCCAGUGGCAGCAGAGCCCUAGAGGCAAUGGAGGCGCGUCGAUGCCACAGAACAAUCUGCCGCCAAGUGUUUUGCCUCAUGGUGAGAUUUGCCACGAGGUUUUCGGCGCUUGGGCGUCUUCUGCACCUCCAAGGCCACCACCAUCCUACUAAGCAUCUUCUCUUCAUCUAUAUAUGAAUAAAGUUUUGACUUCACUGA